AUGUCCUUCGGCGGGCAGACCCCGACGAUUAUCGUCCUGAAAGAGGGCACCGACACCUCCCAGGGCAAGGGCCAGAUCGUCUCCAACAUCAACGCCUGCUUGGCAGUCCAAAACACGAUCAAGUCGACGCUAGGUCCCUAUGGCGGUGAUCUGCUCAUGGUCGACGAGAAUGGCAGGCAGACCAUCACCAACGACGGCGCCACCGUCAUGAAGCUUCUCGACAUCGUCCACCCUUCCGCCCGAAUCCUCGUCGAUAUCGCGCGAUCACAAGAUGCCGAGGUGGGAGAUGGAACGACCUCAGUCGUCGUCCUGGCCGGUGAGAUCCUGAAGGAGGUCAAGGAGCACGUCGAGCAGGGUGUCAGCUCUCAGAUCAUCAUCAAGGGUCUGCGGAGAGCUUCAACGAUGGCAGUCAACAAGAUCAAGGAGAUCGCAGUCAGCACCAACGAGGCCAACAGGAGAGAGACGCUGGGCAAGCUCGCUGCCACCGCCAUGACCAGCAAGCUGAUUAAGCGGAACACUACAUUCUUCACCAAGAUGGUUGUCGAUGCAGUGCUCUCUCUCGACCAGGACGACCUCAACGAGAAGCUGAUCGGUAUCAAGAAGAUCCCCGGCGGCUCCCUCACCGACUCUCUGUUCGUCAACGGUGUCGCCUUCAAGAAGACCUUCUCCUACGCCGGUUUCGAGCAACAACCAAAGUCGUUCAAGAAGCCCAAGAUUGUCUGCUUGAACGUCGAGCUCGAGCUCAAGGCCGAGAAGGACAACGCCGAAGUUCGUGUCGAGCAGGUCUCGGAGUACCAGGCCGUCGUCGAUGCCGAGUGGCAGAUCAUCUACAAGAAGCUCGAGGCGUGCUACAAGACGGGCGCCAAGGUGGUUCUGAGCAAGCUGCCGAUCGGCGACUUGGCUACCCAGUACUUCGCAGACCGCGACAUCUUCUGCGCAGGUCGCGUGUCCAGCGAGGACAUGGAGCGCGUGGUCCAGGCUACCGGCGCCACCGUCCAGUCCACCUGCUCCGACAUCCACCCGGAGCACCUCGGCACCUGCGGCUCCUUCGAGGAGCGCCAGAUUGGCGGCGAGCGCUUCAACUUCUUCGAGGACUGCCCCGAGGCCAAGACGUGCACCCUCGUGCUCCGCGGCGGCGCCGAGCAGUUCAUCGCCGAGGUCGAGCGCUCCCUGCACGACGCCAUCAUGAUCGUCAAGCGCGCCAUCCGCAACCGCACCAUUGUCGGCGGCGGCGGCGCCUGCGAGAUGGAGGUCUCGGCCUACCUGCACCGCUUCGCCGACAAGGACGUGCCGCACAAGCAGCAGGCCAUCAUCAAGAGCUUCGCCAAGGCCCUCGAGAUCAUCCCGCGCCAGCUGUGCGACAACGCCGGCUUCGACGCCACCGACAUCCUCAACAAGCUGCGCGUCGAGCACCGCAAGGGCAACACCUGGGCCGGCGUCGAUUUCCAGAACGAAGGCGUCGCCGACAUGAUGGAGCGCUUCGUCUGGGAGCCCGCCCUCGUCAAGGUCAACGCCCUGCAGGCCGCCACCGAGGCCAGCUGCCUGAUCCUGUCGGUCGACGAGACGAUCCGGAACGAGGAGAGCGCCCAGCCGCAGGCGCCCGGCAAGGCGCUGCCGCCCGGCGCGGCGCAGAGGGCCCUUCGGGGCAGGGGAAGGGGCAUGCCUAGGCGGUAA